UCAAGCUGGCCAGCAAGCAGUGUUUUAAGCAGCAUGAAUCCUCUGUUCGGUACCUUGUUAUUUUCACUGUUACUUCUUCUAACCCUCAGGAUUCAAGAGCUGAUAGAAGCUUGCAGCUGUGCUCCUGCUCAUCCACAGCAGCUCAUCUGCGAUUCUGCUUUAGUGAUUCGAGCAAAAAUUUCCAGUGAAAAGGUGGUUCCAGCCAAUGAUGACCCUCUUGACACUCACAAGAUGAUCCAAUAUGAAAUCAAACAAAUCAAGAUGUUUAAAGGAUUUGAAAAAUUGAAAGAUGUUCAAUAUGUCUACACACCUUUUGACUCUUCUCUCUGUGGUAUAAAAUUAGAAGCCAAUAACAAGAAGCAAUAUCUCCUUACAGGGCAAAUUUUAAAUGAUGGCAAAGUCCUCAUCCAUUUGUGCAAUUACAUUGAACCAUGGGAUGACCUGACACUUUCUCAAAAGAAAAGUCUAAAUCAGAGAUACCAAAUGGGCUGUGGCUGUAAAAUUUCGACCUGUUACACAGUGCCCUGCUCCAUCACUACACCAAAUGAAUGUUUGUGGGUAGACUGGCUGAUAGAGAGAAAGCUAUAUGGGCACCAAGCAAAACAUUAUGCCUGUAUCAAGCGCAAUGAUGGCACAUGCAGUUGGUAUCGAGGUGGCCCUCUUCCAGAAAAAGAGUUUAUUGAUAUGAGUGAACCAUGAAUUAUGUUAACUUCAUGCAAUGCUGUGUGAUCAUUGAUUUGAACUUUCAACAGCUAUCUGUUACUUAGAAACAGAAACAAAUUUUGCUGUGUAAAUAAAGUACAGUGUUCAUAGAAUUCACAUCCAGACAAGAAGAGGAGCUAUCUCUUGGAGACAGCUGCUCUCUACAUUUCUUUUUAUAGAGGGAAGUUAUGUGGAAGCUCCUUUUUUUUAAAGCAUACCUUUAUUUUUAUCGAAAUGAAUGUAU